AUGUAUGAAAAGAAAAUGAAAGAUGCGGCACAGUAUUCUGAUGAUUUUGCACGAUAUGUAAUGUUUCCACUAGCAAUGGGAGCUUAUUCAAGUGAUCCACAGAAAUGUAUCACAUCUGGAAGUCAGGGAAAGUUGAAACGUUUUGUUGAAGCAAAAUGCGAUGAGACAAAAAAUGAUACUUGUGCUGGUUACACAGCUGUUUCCGAUUCAAUGAAAGCAAUCAUUUUGUCAUUCAGAGGCACUGACGGUGAUAUGCAGUUGGCUUUGGAACUUCUUGAAUCUUUUCGCAAAAUGAUUCCUUUCAAUGGCGGUGGUGCUGAUUAUUAUUUCUACAAUGGUUUCAUCAGUGUUUGGUAUGGAGGAAUGAAAGACGAUUUCUUGACUCUUCGACAACAAAAUCCCGACUAUGAGAUUUGGAUAACCGGUCACUCACUUGGCGCUGCUAUAGCCGCGAUUGCAUCUGAUUAUUUAGCAAUUCAUUAUCAACCAAAUAUGGAUAAAUUUAAAGUGAUCACUUUUGGUGAGCCGCGGGUGGGAAAUCAAAGUUAUGCAAUCUCACACGAUCAACAAUUUAUCCACUCAUUCCGUGUCGUUCACAAUCGUGAUCUUGUCACUCAACUUCCACUUCAAGAUAUGGGCUAUCAUCAUCAUGGAAUUGAGGUCUUUUAUCCAAACAAAAUGGCUGUCAAUGAUACGUACAAAAUUUGCGUUCAACAAGAAGACAAGAAUUGUCAGGAUGGUCAACUCGACAUUUGGAAUCCCGAUCACAAUGCCUAUUUUGACACCAAAUUUCAUGAUUACAUUGAUGCAGGAUGUCCAAGAAGU